AUGGAUGAAGCGGAGAGGUCGUCGACAGAUGCUUUUAGGCUGGGGAAAAAGAAAGGGAGGGUUGGUCGAAGAAAGCAGCAACAACGACCACCAAUUACUCAAUCAAUGGGUAAAAGGUUGAGUAAAGUUGAAAGAGAUGUGGAUACAAUGAAGCGACUUAUGGACUUGGGUGAUGAUGAUGAUGAUGAUGAUGAUGAUGAUGAUGAUAUGCUCAUUCCUGACACUGGUGACCAAUCAAAUACCGAUGAUUAUGAAGGGUUUCUUGACCUUGGUUUUGUGCCACAAGUUGCUAUAUCUUUGAAUGUUGUCUACCCUGAUUCUUACUUUGAGGGGGAGAUUCCUCAAGAAACUAAUAGUGACAUUGAAUCUACCAAUGAACAACUCAAUCGUCAAAAGAUAAAGGCUUCCUUCUCUGAGGGAGCUCAUAACGUUGAAGCUGGAAGCUCUUCUGUUGUUGCUAUUGGUGAUCCUUCAGCACCUCCUCCUAUAAAGAAAAGAAAGUUGAUAUUUGAUCUAAAUGGAUUAGAAGAAACAUGGAGAUUGAUAGGAAGAAGUUUGGAGACAUUCUUACUCGCAGAACAAAGCAUGAUCCCAUCAUUAAAUGAGCUAGUCAAAUUUGGCUACAAUGAGUUGAUGCAAAUUCAAGAAAUUAUUGAUAAACACAAGGGUAUUCAUGCUCAGGAAGUGAAAUUGGAAAAUCAACAGCUACUCAACAAAGUCAAGAAGUUAAACCUUGUAUCAUCAGCUGGUCCAUAUAGACCAUCAUCCUCAGGAAGAACAGACGCUCCCAUACUGUCCAAGAAUACCAAGUUUCUUCUUCCUUAUGGUACUAGGUACAUCAGCAAUAAACUUCUAGCAGAUGUUGAACUAGUUCAAUACAUGUUCAUUCUAGAACUGGAGCAUGUGAUAUUUUAUCUUCGCAAUCAGAAUCAAAUGUGCUUUCAACACAUUGAUUAUCUUCAUUCUGCUCCCACUUAA